CUUAACCAGAUGAGUUACGGGUUGGACCAAGGAGUCCUUCUGUUCCUGAUGCUGUGCAGCAGGUACCAUGGGGAAGAGAGACAAACCAUGGUCCACUCGCCAUCUUGGAGUUCACUACAGAUCUGAGACGCAUCAGUCAAGGAAAACCUGGUGGCAGACCUGUCCAGUUAGGACCAUAACAAGAUGGCCGGGGCUCAGGUUACGGAAUUGAGGAAGUCAGUAACGGGGCUGAGGUUGGAGGAGGUCGCGUUGUGUGACACCCUGGCAAGACGUUGGUGGCAGAGAAGUUCGUCGAGCUCGGAUGUACGAAGAUGUCCCCCCUGAGGGCCUGGACCAGGACCCGGAGGACCCGGAGCCCCUCCACGUAAAAGAGGAGCCUGAGCCCCUCCACAUAAAAGAGGAGCCGGAGCCCCUUCACGUAAAAGAGGAGCCGGAGCCCCUCCACGUAAAAGAGGAGCCGGAGCCCCUCCACAUAAAAGAGGAGCCGGAGCCCCUCCAUGUAAAAGACCUGCAGGAUCUCUGGACUCGUCUAGAGGGAGAUCAGAUCAUUGUGCUGCAGGAGGCCGAUAUCGCCAAGUUCUCAUCCAUUGUUGUUACUUUGAAGAGUGAAGAUGACGAACCUCAGACCUCACAGCUUCAUCAAAGCCAGACGGAGGACGACAGAGAGGCGGAGCCUCCAUCCGGCAGCUCAGCUACACCGAUAGAAACAGAAACUGAUGGAGAGGACUGUGGGGGAUUAGGACCAGCCUGGAACCUAAAUCCACUUAGUCUUUCACAUCCAAAUGCUGAUGAUGAAAAGGCUUCAGGGUCUUCUGAGACUGAAGUCAUUCAUGGUGAUUGGCAAGAACCGUUGUCAGAUUCUGGACCUGAAAGUGAAGAUGGGGAUGAUAUCUGGAAGGAGACCAGGGAAUCCUUCAGCUUCUUCAAGUGUAGUAAACGGUGUUACUACAAGGGGUUUCUGCAGAAACACAUGAGGUGUCAUUUUGAAAAAAUAUCCUCCAGCGAUUUGGUUAGAAAGAAAUGUUUUAGAGAGAAGCCAAAGAAAGAAUCACAGGUGAGAGGUCGUACAGCAGAGAAACCAUUCAGUUGUGAUGUGUGCGGGAAAAGAUUUACAGAAUGUGGAGAUCUGAAGAGACAUGCGAGUGUCCACACAGGAGAGAAACCAUUCAGUUGUGAAGUUUGUGGGAAAAGAUUUGCAGUACAGGGAAGUCUGAAGAGACACAUGAGAGUCCACACAGGAGAGAAACCAUUCAGUUGUGAUGUUUGUGGGAAAAUAUUUACAGAACGGGGAUCUCUGAAGAGACACAUGAUAGUCCACACAGGAGAGAAACCAUUCAGUUGUGAUAUUUGUGGGAGCAGAUUCACAGAACGGGGGAGUGUGAAGAUACACAUGAGAGUCCACACAGGAGAGAAACCAUUCAGUUGUGAUAUUUGUGGGAGCAGAUUUACAGAACGGGGAAGUCGGAAGACACACAUGAGAGUCCACAAAGGAGAUAAACCAUUCAGUUGUGAUGUUUGUGGGAAAAGAUUUACAAGAUAGGGAUCUCUGAAGAGACACAUGAGGGUCCACACAGGAGAGAACAUUUGAAAUAAAUGUAAAUGUUUCAAAUGCAAUUUCUUUCUGAAUGAGAUGGAGGGCAAAGUGUUUGUUCAACAGCUGAUGAAUCUUUUAAAUAACAAUGACCACAUAUUGUUUGUCUAUGAUGGAGGAAACAAAAAACUCUCUCAGAAUAUAUCUUUAUUUAAAAUGCAUAAUUCUUUGUAAUGCUUUUAAAUCUACAUGUGGACUCGGCCCUGUUACGGCUGAGUGUCGGCUGACUGCUGUGGUCCGGCUUGAUGCGGCUACAUGUGAGCCAGCGUUGGCCUUUUUCAUUUUAGCCAUAUAUAUUGUAAGAGCCACAAGUGUGUUUUUAGUAAAUUGAAAUUUUAGAAUUGUUUAUAAUUUAAUAUUCAGAAAUAUGCUCACGGUGUAGGAACUAUAGGUGAAAUAUAUUGAAAGAUGUUUAUGUCAAUGACUGAUGCUCGAGUCAGGUGAUUUAAUGACGUCAUGAUGGCAGCAGGUGUAAGGAAAGAGCCGCAUUAGACAAGAGAGCAAAUCUUUUUUGACCGUGUGAUCGUUUUGAACGUUUAUUCAUUUUGUACUUUGUCAGCGUUUUUUUCUGCUCAAAAUAAAAUCCAAAGAAAAGGAAAUGAAUGGUCUCCUGUCAUGCUCAUGCAAGGGAACUCACUGUGUCUGCAGCUCUUUAGUGGCUGAAUGAAAACUACACCGAUGGAAUGCCGCUACAUAUAUAUAUAUAAUGUGUGUGUGUAUGUGUGUAUUCUGUUUUUCUAGUAAUGUAACAAUCUAAUGUUGUGACUCUAGUCCUGCUUACUGUGUAUUGGUGUGUGUUUGGUGUCAUUAGAUAAACAACAUUCACUGAU